AUGAGCCGCCUUCCCACCGUGGUCGUUGCCACCGCCUCCUUGUUUCUGCUGACUGUGAGGCGCUGUGCAGUUGAAGCUGCAGCGCCUGCGUCCGGAGUGGUGACGACGCCGCCUUCGACGCCAGGGUCGAGCCCGAAGCCCUCGACCCGGAGCACGGAGUACAAGAAUAUGGACAGCCAGACACUGGAGCGGACGCUGUCCGAGCUUCGUUACGGCGUAGAGCUACUGGUGAGCAAGGUCACCCUGCUAGAGCCACGGCUAGGCCGCAUGGACAGCGCCAUCGGACGCCUGGAGAGGGCUCUGCUCCGAGACAGCACAACUUCCGAAAGCCAUGCAGGUUAUCAGACGCGUUUUCCACCAAGGCCAAUAGGAUACGCGACCGGCAAGGGAUGCGGGUCGUCAUCGUCCUCCCUGUCCUCGAGCGGAGACAAGGCCUCCACCGCCGAGCUGGCCUCCAUAGGUGACCAGCUGCGGGACCUGAGGGACGAGCAACGCUUCUUCCGCCACAUGCUCGGAGACCUGCGCAAUUACACGACGCACAGCUCAGAUCGCAUCAUCGCCAAGCUGGAGCAGCGAGGCUUCCUGCUGGCGAGGCCAGCGGUCAACAUACAGACGAGUCGGCCAGUCAUUGUAGGAGGUAAGACGUCCGCCAACGGAGCGGCGCACCUGCUGAGACCACAAGUACUGCCCUGGGAGUCGCAGCCUUCCAUGUCCUCCGGUACCUUGAGCUCCAGCGGUACUGGAAGUGCCAGGCCCUUGCACAUGGUUGAGCUCAAGAACAACCACAGGUCACCCACGGGAUCCACGCCUCCCUUCCGCAGCAAGGCGAGUAGGGGACCUCCACUGCUCACCGUCGCCAGGAUAAGGUGCGCGGCAUCUUCACAGACCUGGAAGUACUUGAUGCGCACGGUCUCCUCGCAGGCAACCGAGAGCGUGCGACGGGACACCGAAGUUCCGCUGUCGCGCGUCACAGACUUGGCCGACUCGCUGGACGGCCAGGCCCGCAAGCUGCCCGACCUGAGGGCCGAGCUUGCCGAGUCCGCGGCCGCCGCGCGAGUUCUCGAGCUGCGCGUCUUCACCGAGGACGCGUACGAGCCACUGCGAGCCGCGGCGUCGCUGGCGUCGCGAGCGGCGGCAGACCUCGAGAAGCGAAUGCCCCCCAUGCUGCAGAAGGUGGCCGAGACGACCACGGGACUGCGGGCCGCCAUCGGAGACCUGCGGGGUGCCCUGGAGAACGCGACCGCGACGGUGGCGCCGAACGACGCCUACUACGUCGCCCUGAGCGAGGAAGACGACUUCUGGAAGCGCUAG